AUGAGCGGAGCCAGUGAUGGGCAUCUCUGGACUACUUCCUUGAUGAUGGGAGUUAGAGUAGUGAAAGAUGAUGCCAAGGUCAUGAUCAUCUCAAGCUUGGCUGGUCUAGUGGCCGGUGCACGCAGUAUGGCAAUUGGAGAGUUUGUUUCCGUGGGUGAUGGUGUUGCUUUGGCUACAGGGUUCAUAAGAAGUAAUGAAGUGAGGUUAGGGGUGGUGGAGGCUGUCGUGCGUAUGACACUGGUGGUGCUUGGUUGCUCGAGGGCGGCACUUGGCCAUACUCUGGUGGGGAGGUCUCGUGUGAGGUUGGUGGUGGGGUGUUGGGUGGCCAUCACCAUGACUUUUGGCCUAAUAAAGCUCUUUGUCUCUGAUAGUCUCUGA